CAGGAUGCCAGUACCAGCGAUGGUAGUGGAUUGGAUGAUGAUGAUGAAGGUGAUAAUGAUGGACUAGACAGUGUGGAAGGAAGUGGAGACUCUGAUUCUGAGCGCAGUCGAGUCUUUGAAGAGAGCGAUUCUUCGGAGGAUGAGGUAGCUCCUCGAAAUACAAUUGGAGAUGUUCCCUUGGAGUGGUACAAGGAUGAGCCACAUAUUGGAUAUGACAUUGAAGGGAAGAAGAUAACCAAAAAAGAAAGACAAGACAAACUCGACUCUUUCCUUGCUAAUGUUGAUGACUCAAAAAAUUGGCGCAAGAUUUAUGAUGACUACAAUGACGAGGAUGUAGAACUAACCAAGGAAGAAGCAAAAAUGAUCAGUAGAUUGCUCAAUGGAAAGGCACCACAUGCUGAGUUUGAUCCAUAUGCGCCGUAUGUUGACUGGUUCAAAUGGGAUGAUGCUAUACAUCCAUUAUCAAAUGCACCAGAGCCAAAGCGAAGGUUCAUUCCUUCGAAAUGGGAAGCUAAAAAGGUUGUCAAAUAUGUCAGGGCUAUUCGUAAAGGAUUGAUAAAGUUUGACAAACCAAAAGAAGAACCCCGUUUCUACAUGUUGUGGGGGGAUGAUUCUGGCGCUGCAGAUAAGACUAACCAUUUGUCUUACAUACCUGCCCCAAAGCCAAAGUUACCAGGCCAUGAGGAGUCCUACAAUCCCUCUUUAGAGUACAUUCCAACACAGGAGGAAAUUAAUUCAUAUCAGCUUAUGUAUGAAGAAGACAGACCUAAAUUUAUACCUAAAAGAUUCACUUCUAUGAGAAGCAUUCCGGCGUAUGAGAAUGCUGUAAAAGACUCUUUCGAGCGCUGUUUGGACUUAUAUCUGUGCCCUAGAGUCCGGAAGAAACGUAUUAAUAUAGAUCCAGAGUCCUUGAAACCUAAGCUUCCUAGCCGAAAGGAUCUGAAGCCUUACCCAUCCACAUGCUACAUUGAGUAUAUAGGUCAUAAGGGCCCUGUUGUUUCGAUUUCAACUGAAGUUUCAGGAGAAUGGAUUGCAUCAGGUUCUACUGAUGGGACUGUUCGAAUUUGGGAGGUCGAGUCUGGUAGAUGCCGAAAAGUCUGGCAGUUUGAUGAAGCUGUGCAAUUAUGUAGCUUGGAAUCCGAUGCCUGAGCUUCCUAUAUUAGCAGUCUCUGUGGGUCAGGAUGCAUAUCUCUUGAACACUGGUGUAGGAAAUGAAGAGACCCAAAGAAAACUUGGGGAACUUCUAUAUGUUGAGGCAGCUAAAGUCUCGGAUGAUUCGAAUAAUCCCAUAUGUAGCUGGAUCCAAGAUGACGAACAUGGAGGAAUCAAGCUGAGACAUGCUAAGACCGUGUCUUCUGUGGAGUGGCAUAGAAAAGGAGACUAUUUUUCAACUAUAAUGCCAGCAGGUGAAUCAAAAUCAGUCAUGAUACACCAGCUCUCUAAGAAGCUUACGCAAAGGCUUCCAUUUAAGCUGAAAGGAAUUGCAGUAGUCAUCAGUAUUUCAUCCUACACGUUCCAUAUUCUUUGCUGUCACAAAGAAGAAUGUAAGAGUGUAUGAUCUGCUGAAGCAGAAAUUGAUAAAGAAGCUUGAGACUGGUCUCCGUGAAGUCUCAUCUAUUGCAAUUCAUCCUGGUGGUGAUAAUGUGAUUCUAGGAAGCAGAGAAGGAAAGCUAUGUUGGUUUGAUAUGGACCUCUCAUCUAAACCUUACAAGAUUCUCAAGUCUCAUUCGAAGGACGUUACGAAUGUUGCAUUCCAUCGUUCGUACCCACUGUUCGCAUCAUCUUCUGAUGAUGGCACUGCAUAUGUCUUCCAUGGGAUGGUGUACUCGGAUCUUAAUCAGAAUCCUCUGAUUGUUCCAUUGGAAAUUCUUCGUGGGCAUACAACCUUUAAUGGAAGAGGAGUAAUGGAUUGCAAAUUCCAUCCGCGACAACCUUGGUUGUUCACUGCUGGUGCUGAUUCGUCGAUCAAGUUGUAUUGCCAUAAUUAAGGUACUAGGUACUGCUGCUGAAGAAAUUAUGGCCAGGUCGGUGUACGCAGAAGUUGUGUAUGGAAUUCCCUACGGAGUCCUGUUCCUGAUCGGUAGACGCCAGGUCAAACAAACUUCAGAAUCUGUAGGGCAGCUCCUUUCUUCCAUGGUUUGUCAUUGUGCUCUGCAUUGCUAUGGAGAAUAGGUACGAGGAGGGAUUUAUGUCAAAGGAUUCUUGGAUCUAGAGGCUCGCCCACGCUUGGACCUAGAGUUUUGUUUGCUUUACUAUUUCCCUGAAAUUCCAGUCAAAUGAGAUGGACUUGGGAGUUGUAAGUAGAGUGUGGAAGGAAUAAGGCUAAUUUUCUUGUUGCGUCUUUGGGAAGGAAGUAAAAAAAAAAAAAAAAAAAAACGAGAAAGCAGACCCAAGGACACUUUAGACAAAAGAAGAAAAUAUCUAAUUUUGUUUGUUUUACGUAAAUUUCAAUUGUAUUAGUGUUUGAGCCUAGAAUGUACUAAGUGGUUAUGAUGCUCCGAUUUGAACUCCCUCGUCGGAUUUCCUCGAGAGGAAGAAUUUGUGAGGCGGGGGCGGCCUUGAAAUCUACGCUUCGAUGCCCAAGUUGGUACGAUCUAGGAGAGGAUGUAUGAUAUGUAGAGAGAUAAAGUAAUGAGAGAGUUUAGAGAGUGAACCAUAGGUGGAGAGUGUCGGAAGGGAAGAGAGCCUUCUUGAUGUUGCCCCCUAGUAGGAGGCGUUUCAUCUUCUAGCUUGCUAGUUCUUUCUUCUAGCCUGUUAGUCUUUCUGUUUCCUUUGAAGCGCUUUAGUAUUUCGGCUUUCUCGG